GAGGAGUGAGAGGCGACAGAUAGGCGACCCACCGACAACAUUUGGACACUAUUUAACUUUUGUCGGACCACCCAGACACUGUUUGGGCUUUUUUUUAAAUUUCCAACAUGACACCUUUAACUGUGCGCGAGUGGUACAAUACAUGCGUUAUAACGGCCGGGGAGCGGAAGUGAAAGAAGGAGGGAAGUUGUGAAGGGGAAAAGAAACCUCCUAAAAGUGAUUUUCGUCCAGUCAAGUUCAACUUGAAUCUCGUCUUUUUAGUGGAAGGGUGGCCCUGGAGAGUUUGGGGGGCAUGGACACCCACGUUAAGGAGGGACAACUUCAUGUGCAUUAUCAAAAAUUUGGCAAGAAAUGGAAGAAGAACUGGUUCGUCCUGUACCCGGCCAGCCAGAACGGCAUCGCCCGCCUCGAGUUCUACGACUCACCCUCGGGCGGCGGGGGUGGGAGCGGAGGAGGCUCGGGAAGCGGGUCCACGGAGAAAACCAGGAAGCUCGACAAGAAGAUCAUCCGCCUGUCCGAGUGCAUCUCCAUCCUGCCGGCGUUGACGGAGAGCUGUCCCAAAGAAAACAUGUCGGCCUUCUGCGUGGAGACCAACGACAAGACGCACGUGUUUGCUGCCGAGAGAAACACCGCCAAGGACUGGAUGGACACCAUGUGUGACAUCGCCUUUAAGGGCGGCAGCAGCAGCGCGGCCGUCGAUGCUAAUGGAGGAGGCGUGGAUCUGCAGAUGGCAGAAAACCUCAUCUACUACUCCAGAGAGGAGGUGACUGAGUUCUGGGUGAGCAUUCAGCGCACCGAGGCGUCGGAGCGCUGCGGGCUGACGGGCAGCUACUGGCUGAAGGCCGAGAACGACAUCUUGAUCUUAAAGGAGCCGAAGACCAAGAAGAACAUUCUGGUGUGGCCCUACAAGCUGCUGCGUAGAUACGGCCGAGAUCGGGUGAUGUUUUCCUUUGAGGCAGGCCGGCGCUGCGACUCGGGCCCCGGUAACUUCACCUUUGACACCAAGCAUGGGAACGAGAUCUUCACGCUGGUGGACCAGGCCAUCCAGUCGCAGAAGGUCCUGGCCGAGGAGCGCCACCUCAGCGGCCCCCUCAACUUUGACCCCGACUGCCCGUCGUCCCUGCAGCACAUACGCAACGCCGCCCCCAGCAGCCUGACAGGAAGCGGGGACAGCAGCAGCUGCAGCAGCCGGGAGGCGGACGGAGACUCAGGCGGCAGCAAACCGGGCUCUGCUGACGGUGUGCUCGGGAAGAGAGAGGGUGGAGAUGGAGGAGGAGGAGGAGGAGGAGGAGGAGGAGGAGGAAGGGGGCAAGGAACAGGACUAAAAGGGAGGAGUUUACCAGAACCUCCAGCCAUAAUGGGCGUUAUGGGAAGUGGGGGGGUCGCUGCGAAGUCUCCUAGAGGACAGUCGGCAGCAAAAGGUGUCGAUGAACACGCAGCUCUGUACUCUGAGCCGGCAGAUUCAGUCCGCCUGCCUCUGCAUGGUGGCGACUGCCUCUACUCCGACCCCGUGGACAGCAUCAAAGCUCAGAGCCAAAGCAACACCCACCCUGUGGCCCCCGCCCGCAUCCGACCAGCAGGAGAUGACGCUUCGGGAGUUCAAGGGGAUCAUCACCUCGGAGGCAGGAAGCUGCCGGACCUGUACUCGCACGUGUACGACCGGAUCAGCCUGGAUCUGAACCAGAAGACGGGCGCGCUGAGUCUGAACGGGGCCGCAGGGGGAGGCAAAGGGGGGAACAGUAACAGGAGACCCCCAGGAGGUCAAGCAGAAGGAGCUUUAACGGCUCUUGCUGUGCGUCUGGAGCACAUCUACGAUGAGCCCGAAGGCCGCGCCUCCUCCAGUAAACAAGGGAUGACUAUUUAUGAUGAGGCCCGCUUGGAGCCCCACAGGUGGAAGGACGAGGCGGCACAUUUAGGGCUGGAGGGGACUUACAGCACCUCUUUGGACAGAAAGCCAAAAGACUCCCAAAGACACUCGCCCCCGCAGCUGGUCCCGAGCCGCGGAGCGCCUCAGCCUCCCGCACCGCGAUGGCCUAAACCCGUCACUGCCCCGAAGCCGGGAAGGAUGAAGAAGGAGCCGGUGCCGCUGCCCCCUGGGAAACAAGGAGGCAAUAACGUAAACAACAACAACAAUCUAUGGAGGGGAGGGGACACGGGGAAGGAUCUGUACAGCAAAAUUUCAAAGAAGAAACCUCCGUCUGCUGACUCGUGGGACUCGCUGAGGUCACCUGACAUCAUCUACGACAACAUGGGAGACAUCUGACUCGAGGACGGACCAAUGACCCGCUCAUCCUUAUGAGGAAAGAGAACACUUGUGGCCUUUUUUCCUGCAGCUUUUGUAAGCAUUUCUUCAAACUGGCAUAAUCAUGUCGAUUUAUUGGAAAGAGAUCCAAGCACAGCUAUAAGAUCCCGGCUGCAUGGAGUGGAACUGUGGAAGGGCCACCCUGUGUGUGUGUGUGUGUGCGUGUGUGUGUUUGAGAAAGAGAGAGUGGAUGUUUGCAUGGUCAAACCCAUAACUGGAGUACCGAACCACAGUGUGGUUGGAAGCUGCCACUUUUCUAUAACACACAUCGCACACACACACCGUCUGGAUGUGCCAGAAGGAUCUGGGCCUGCAGACUUCAGUUUAACAAGCUGAGAGAGCGACUUGGCUCUUUUUUAUAAAAUGUCCACCGUGCUUAUGAAGUAACUAGGAAACAUGUUUUUGCACUGCUUGGGUCCGGAGUAUCUUUGAGGCCUUAACAAAAGGAGCUGAGCUUUUUCUGUUUGUGUUUUCUGGACUGAUUCAUCCCAAUAAACGGAGAGAUUUCCAACAUUCAGCCGAGGACACUAAUACAUAACGCUGCAUUUCAGGAUGCGCUAAAACAUUGUUGCUAUACUGUUUUGAAGGAAGUGAGACAUUUAAACAUAAGCGGGUCAUAAAGAGAUCCUGUGGGUUCCAUGGUUGUCAUGUGGCCAUGCAGUUAGAGGUUACUUCCUGCACAACGUGAUAUAAUUGAAACCUUCUUGUCUCUGUGAACAGAACAACUAAAUAUGUAGCUAACAAUCCCCAGCAAUGUGUGAGUGCGUUUGUGUCAGAAACAGCUGUGCUGUCUGUAAAUAUAACUAUUAAUAAAAAUGGCUCCAAAACAUU